UUUUGGAAUCAAAAAUCAAAGACGUGUUGAGCUGUUACCAAUCUCUCUUUCUUUCGGCUUCUUAUUAUUACACCCCUUUGCAAGCUGUAAUUGAAUGAGAGCUCUUUUUGGACUUAAAUCCUCCAGGCCAAUCUCAUCUUCUUCAAACUCACACACCUCGCUCUCUAUCUCUCUCUCUCUCUAGAAGAGCUUUUCUCGUAUAACUUGCCUACCAAUGUCACCAUGAUUUAGAGACGUCUUGCUCGGCUUUCUCCUCCACGCGUCUCUCUUUCCGUUUCUCUGGUAUCUUUAUCUGACAAUGAGAUCAAAAGCAUAGCCUUUUCUGGGUUUUUAUUACAAACAUUCAACCGGUUUGAUAGCCUUGAACCCAGGGAAAGAAGAAAGGGUUGGGUCUGCAAAAGUUUUGUUAUUGUUUUUUGUGAAGUGGGUUUUUGAGAUCGGACCCUAACAAUGGCACCGUCGUUUGAUUGGUGGGCAAAGGAGAGCCGACGAGGUACGCCGGUGGUUGUUAAGAUGGAAAAUCCAAACUGGUCCAUGGUCGAGCUGGAGGGUCCGAUCGAGGAUGACUUCCUUAUGGGCGGCUCACCGGUCCGGGCGCGUGACAAGGGCCGGAGCAAAAACGCGAAGCAGCUAACUUGGGUCCUCCUCCUCAAGGCCCACAGAGCGGCUGGUUGCUUAACUUCCAUUGCUUCUGCAAUGUUCAGCCUCACAGCCAUUGUACGACGACGUUUAGCCUCGGGCCGUACGGAUACUGACAAUGACAGAGACACCGGUGCUCGUGGACGUCGGGAAACAGAGAAUCCGGCUGUGAAAAACCGGUUUUAUGGUUGUAUAAAGGUGUUUCUGUGGUUGUCUUUGCUUUUGCUUGGUUUCGAAGUAGCGGCGUACUUUAAGGGAUGGCAUUUUGGGGCUUCAAACCUUCAAUUGAAGUACUUAUGGAAUACGCAAUUUGGGGUCAAGGGUGCUUUCGAUUGGGUUUAUUUCAAGUGGGUUUUCAUUCGGGUUGAGUAUCUCGCUCCUCCUCUUCAGUUCUUGGCCAAUGCUUGUAUUGUCCUGUUCCUUAUCCAGAGCUUGGAUAGGCUAGUCCUCUGUAUGGGAUGUUUCUGGAUCCGAUUAAAGAAGAUCAAACCUGUUCCUAAAAAUGGUGUAUUGGAUCUUGAAACUGGCGAGAAUGGCUACUUCCCUAUGGUCCUUGUACAGAUCCCCAUGUGCAAUGAAAAGGAGGUAUACCAGCAAUCGAUUGCUGCUGUUUGCAACUUAGAUUGGCCAAAAUCAAAGAUGUUAAUCCAAAUUCUUGAUGAUUCGGAUGACCCAAUAGCUCAAACACUUAUCAAAGAAGAGGUCAAUAAAUGGCAGCGCGAGGGUGCCCGUAUUGUAUAUCGGCAUAGAGUGCUUAGAGAUGGUUACAAGGCUGGUAAUCUCAAGUCUGCCAUGAAUUGCAAUUAUGUUAGAGACUAUGAGUUCGUGGCCAUUUUUGAUGCCGAUUUUCAGCCAACCUCUGAUUUUCUUAUGAAAACAGUUCCUCACUUCAAGGAUAACGUGGAACUUGGUCUGGUCCAGGCAAGGUGGUCCUUUGUGAACAAGGACGAGAACCUACUCACAAGGUUACAGAACAUUAAUUUAGCGUUCCACUUUGAGGUAGAGCAGCAAGUGAAUGGUUGUUUAAUUAACUUCUUUGGGUUUAAUGGGACGGCUGGUGUUUGGAGAAUUAAGGCCUUGGAGGAUUCUGGUGGCUGGUUGGAGAGAACCACUGUUGAAGACAUGGACAUUGCUGUUCGUGCUCAUCUUCAUGGCUGGAAAUUCAUUUUCCUCAACGAUGUUGAGUGCCAGUGUGAAUUACCCGAAUCUUAUGAAGCUUAUAGGAAACAACAACACAGAUGGCAUUCUGGACCUAUGCAGCUGUUUAGACUUUGCUUGCCUGAUAUAAUUAAGUCAAAGAUCAGCUUUUGGAAGAAGUUCAAUUUGAUAUUCCUCUUCUUUCUUCUCAGAAAACUGAUAUUACCCUUUUACUCCUUCACACUCUUUUGCAUUAUUCUCCCAAUGACAAUGUUCAUUCCAGAGGCUGAGCUCCCAGCAUGGGUUGUGUGCUAUAUCCCAGCAACCAUGUCUUUUCUCAACAUCCUCCCAGCUCCUAAAUCAUUCCCUUUCAUUGUCCCUUACCUUCUCUUUGAGAACACCAUGUCAGUGACCAAGUUCAAUGCCAUGAUCUCGGGGCUAUUCCAACUCGGCAGUGCUUAUGAGUGGGUCGUGACGAAGAAGUCCGGUCGCUCAUCAGAAGGUGAUCUCACCUCUUUGGUUGAGAAAGAGCUGAAACAUCAAAGAGGGGUCUCAGUUCCGGACCUUAAUGAUAUGAAGGAAGAAGUCAAACAGCAGGAAGAAAAGGCCUCUAAGAAGAAGAAGAAGACAAAACACAAUAGGAUAUAUACAAAGGAAUUGGCUUUGGCCUUCCUUUUACUUGCAGCAUCAGCAAGAAGCCUGCUCUCUGCUCAGGGUGUUCACUUUUACUUCUUGCUGUUUCAGGGUAUAUCUUUUCUUCUGGUUGGUCUUGACUUGAUUGGAGAGCAAGUUCAAUGAACAUAACGUGAAUUAGGGACAUUUUUAAGUAUAAAAAUAUAUGAAUGAUAAUACAAAGUAUCGGUGGUCAACGUUCUCACCUCAAGUACAGUUGACUCAGAACAUUUAGAGGGAGUUUGAGAUGCUUUCAGCCUGUCUUGCUAGCUCCUCCACACUUUGAUCUGUUUCACCCAAUACCAGGAACCCCAACAAGAAGAAAAAAUGAAAAAAAAAAGGUUGUGUUAAUUAUGGAAAAAAAAGUCCUCAGUUUGAGGGAAAAUGGUGAUUUCAUUUCACUGUUUAGGCUUCACUUUUAUUUAAUUUUUUUUUAAUUUUGUUUUCAUUCUUUUGUUUUUGGAUAAAUUCUUUUGUAUGAAAAAAAAUGUCGUUGGAAACUGUAAACAGGGAAAUUUAGUUACUCUUCUAGUUUAGUUUUCAACUCUCCCUUUGAUUGCAUUUCAAAUGAGAAUUGUUGGGUAUUCCGGAA